AUGAUAAAUGAAGUGAAAAUCGUCUCGGAUCCUAUAUCGAGUCAUAUAUGGUUUUCCCUUCAUAAUCACGCCUUAGACGAGGCACUUUUUGCCGCUGAACGCUUAUUUGCGGAAGCGAAAAACGAAGAGAGUCUCUUUUUAGUUGCUACCUGUCUUUAUCGAAUGAAUGCGCCAAAACAGGUCAUCAAACUUCUGAAUUUAAAUACCUUCUCUUCUCCCAAGACACGUUAUCUGUUAGCUAAAUGUUGUUACGAUUGCAAUAUGCUCAAUGAUGCCGAAAACGCCCUUCUCGGUCCUGAUUGUUCCAAACCUCUUUCAGAAGCCUUAUUAGUUUAUGGGGAACAAGCUUGUUAUGCAUUUUUACUACUUGGGAAUGUAUAUAGAUAUAAAAAUGACUUUAAAAAGGCUCAGUUAUGCUAUAAAGAGUGUCUUAAAUCGAAUCCUAUGAUGUGGUCGGCUUUCCACAACCUCUGCUCCAUCAGUGAAUUCGUUGAUCCUGACGAAGUAUUCAAAUUGAGUCCUUCACAUGGGAUCCUCACACCGACUUUUACUGUUGUCGGUGAAUCCGUUGCUUCAGCGAAAUCGACAGUGAGUAUAGGUGUUAAGACGGCUCUAGAUAAAUUGGGAAGUCGGGAAAAUGUGAAUCCUAACAGUCCCAUCAAUGAGGUUUCUGAUUUGAAGAAUGAAAACGAUUCAGAAAAUCUAAAUACUUCCGCAACUGUUUCUGUACAGAUAGUAAAAAGCACCUAUGUUGCUCCGUGCACAGUCUCUAACCAAGACAUUUCUGAUGAUCUUCCCGUCAAUUUUACCCCUGUCGGAUUCCCAGUUUCAUCGAUCACUCCCUCUUCACCUAUUAUGCUUAAAGAGGAGACAAAACUGAAGAAAAUCGCUCUUAAUGAAAGUUCCUCUGUCUCAAAUGAGCCUUCUCCGCCUGGCGGGUCUAGUACUGCUGUUCUCCCAAGUCCAAUGUUUGCUUGUUUACCGGUCUUCUCUCGUUCUGAUUUUAACUCUACCCCUUUACUAGUGGCUUCUGAGAGUGUUCAGCCGGUUAGGUUAGCUCUAACUCAAAGCACUUCUAAUCGCAGACCAGCAAAUCGUCAAACACCAAUGAUGACUAGUGGCCAACUUCAAGCCGCUAUUCUUUUUUCUCCUUCUGAGAGCAACCCAACGGGACCAUCUCCUCAGUGGCGUGCCAAAGAGGCUAAUAUCUCAACUCCAAGUCAGCCUGGUUUUGUUGUACCAACUUUCGGUAGAACUGGAGGUGUAUCGCCUCUACCCGCGUGGACAUCGAAUCCCUCAGCCGUCUCAGUCCUUGUUUCUACGAGUUCAACUCCUGCCGCUGCCGCUGCCAUCCCAGUACCACCGAAACCAGGCCUCAUUUUUGACGAUACUGUGAAUACUACGAUGGCUGGUCUUCAACCUAUGGAUACUACUGAAACUUCUGAAAGUAGCCACCAACAAAUAGAGAUUUCUCCAGAAACAUCUGCUGUAGGACCUCGAACUCGAGCUCAAAAAGCAAGGGCGGCGGCUUGUAGAAAAUCUCCUCGUCUUUCUAGGGCACACAAGGCAACUUUGGAUGAUUCUAAGGAUUCUGGAGAUAGUCGAAAAUCCUUUGGCAGAAUUGUGAAUAUCCCUAGAGGUGGAAAAGAUGAUUUGUUCGAGUGCUCACGAGUUCUAUGUACAGCCUCUGAUGAUCGAAACGACCCCCGUUCGGACGCGAUUUCCGCAUAUCUUCAUCUCCUCCGCUUCUUGGGCCAUGCUUAUAGUCAACUCGCUCAGCAUAACUACAAGGGUGCAGUGACUUUGCUAUCAGAGUUACCCUUUGAACACCUGGCUACAGGUCAAAUACUCACUUGGGCUGCUAGAGCUCACGUAGAUGCUGCAGGUUACUCAAAAGCCAGAAAAAUCUUUAGUGAAUUAAGAAAGCUUGAACCCUGGAAUCUCUGUGGCAUGGAUAUAUACUCUACAGUUCUCUGGUACCAAGGUGCUGAGCAGGAGUUAUCCCAAUUAGCUAGUGAUGUUCUAGCCCUUGAUAGAACGUCAAGUAUUCCUUGGUCAGUUGCAGGGAAUUACUAUGCCUUACUGCGUGAACAUGAUACCUCAAUUAGAUUUUUACGUCGAGCUAUGCAAGUCUGCCCCACAGAUUCCUAUGCCUGCACUCUGUUAGGCCAUGAAUAUGUUGCAGUGGAGAACCUAGACCGUGCAGCCUCUGCUUUUCGUCAUGCCCUCAGACUGAAUGAACGUAAUUACAGUGCAAGAUUUGGUUUGAGUAAUGUCUACUUUAAGCAAGAUUACUUUGGCCUUGCGGAUGCGCAUUUAGUGAGAGCGUUGAGUAUUUUCCCCAACUCCUGUCUUCUUCUCACCCAUCUUGGUGCAAUUCGAGCAAGAAUUGGAAGGUUAGAAGGAGAUGAAGGGAGCGCAAUCAGUCUACUUAAUAAAGCAGUGGAAAUUGAUCCGACAAAUCCAAUGGCACUGUACCAUCGAGCCUGUAUCCUAACCCAACUUGGUCGCUUUCAGGAGUCGAUUGAUGAACUCGAGCGUUUGAUGGUCAUCACUCCACAUGAGGCCAUGAUCUACUUUAUGCUCGGAAACGCCUACCAAAAGAUUGGAAACCACCCUCAAUCCAUGAUUUACUUCUCUUGGGCUAUGGAGCUCGAUCCCAAAGGUGUGAAUUCCAGUCUCCGUGACAUAAUGGCUAGUGGGCCUUCAGGUCUGGGGGGUCCAGGUGGUCCGCGUGUUGGUGGUGGUCAGCGUGUUGCACCCCUUGCUCCCUUCGUCUGUGCUGCAGCGGCAACGCUGGUCGAUCAUCCUCCGCCCUACGCUUCCCCAACUGAUACGGCUCCACAAGCGACUCCCUCCUCAACUUCCACAAGAGCUGCAGGUCGAAGAGGAGGCGGUGGUGGGAGUACGGCUCCUCGAGCACGCAGAUCUGCACGUGGAAGACCAACGGCAACCGCCGCUUUUGGGCGUGGAAAUGGCGCGCACAGAUUAUUUCUAUCUGGUGCUACUUCAACUGCUACUACGCCUAAUAAUUCCGUUGCCGGUGUGGAUUCAACCAUAGAGGAGCAGGCUGGUGGUCCAAACUCUCUUUUCCGAACACCUUGGUCCACGCAGCCUUCUGGUGGAGGUGCCGGACGAGGCAGUAUGGAGGGCGGGUUAGAAGAUGUAGAGGAAGAACUUAGUUUUGAUGAGGAUGAUGAAGAAACGAUGGAUUUGGGAGAUGAGUAG